UGCGCUCACUCUUAACAUGCGCACUUAAAAAUAUAAAACGCCAGCAGUGCGCUACAUAGCUCUCAAAACAACGGCAAUGGCAGUGAACAAAGACGAUGAAGAAGAAAGAAGAAUUAUUUAGCGACUUCAUAUUCGCUCCGUCAGUUCACGCCGUUAAUUACAAUCCCACCAUGAUCAACGGCUCAGAUUUCACCAACACCAACAAUACUGACGACGAUGAUUGGGGAGAUUUCAAUUUUGUCAGCAGCAAUUCCAGUGGACUCUCCCACGCCUUAUCGCUGCCCAGAAUCUCAAAUACCGAUUUUGAACCCUCUACAAAAAAUCAAAAGGUGAUCGAGUCACUGACUGAUCCUGCAUCGGCACCGAGUUUAGUUAAUAACUUGACUCAGUGGGACAAGCCAAAAGGAGCUCUGCCCCUUUCGAUAUUUGGAGAAAUUGAGGAGGAGGAGGAGGAAGGAUCAGGUUCGGGCGAGCCUAGAAAAAAUGAAAGUUUUGAUUUUUUGAAAAAUAAAGAGGGAUCAGGUGUCAUUGUGAGUGAUUUGAUAGCUAAUUUAUAUAAAGAGAAGGAGAGGAAUAAUGGGUUCAGAUCCAAUUUUAAUGGGCCGGAUUUGAAUUUGGGAAAUUUGAAUGGUAAUGGAUUGAAUGUGAAUGGUGUCAAUAAGGGGGAAUUGGAUUCAAAGGGGUUGGGUUUGGAUUUGAAGGAAAAUGGAUUGAAUUCGAAUAAAAUGGAAUCAAAUUUGAUUAAGAGAGAUGGGAAUUUGAGUGGAAAUGGAGUGGAUUUCGGUUUGGUUCAUGGUAAUGAGGGAUUUGAUGAUGAUAAAUGGGAAUUUGAAGGUGCAGACAGUAAAACUGUUGUGGAGAUUGAGAUUUCUAAGGCUGGUGAAAUGAGGACUGAGAAUGGAUUGGUAUCGCAUGUUAAUGGAUUAAAUUCAAGUUGGAACCCUUUGAGCUUGGAUUUGAAUGGGUGGACAUCGCAUGUUAAUGGAGAUCAUUCAGGUAGGGAUUGGUUGAAUAAGGGAACGGUUGAUGGAAAUAGAGCACUUGGUAACAGCGAUGGGUGGGAGUUCAAAGAAACAGGUUCCAAAAUGCAGGCUAGAGAUGAGAAAGAGAAGGGUGAGCAGAUCGAGACUGAAAUCAAGCCAACAUUGAGUUUUGAUGGAUCCAACUCAACCUGGAAUGGUUUGGAUGGAUUAACAAAUUCAAACUUAAAUGAUGUGAAUUCAGAUAUAAAACAGAUGAAUCCAAUUUCACAUGAUGAAAAUGAGGGUUUUAGUGGAGAUGAUGAGUGGGACUUCAAGGCUGCAGAAGCAGAAUUUGGGACUGGAGAUGGGAAUACUAAGGGUGAUGGGAGAAGGGUGGAAAACACAGAGGGAGCUACAUACGCAUUUGGAUUUGGUAGUGGGAUGCUUGGUGCUGGUGAUUUAUCUGGUGCAUCACAACAGACCUCUCAAAAAUCUACUGAAUGGGACUUUGGAUUUGAUUCCACCCCUGCUUUAGCUCAAGACACUACCAUGUCCCAUCCAUUCUCUGAAAAUGAGCAGAACAACACCAAAAAGGGCUUGCAUUCCUCCCCAGAUGAUGGAGUUGAUGCUGAUGAAGAGUCUUGGGAAUUUAAAGAUGCAUUUUCACAAACUGGAUCAAAAAAUAAGGAAGAGCCAAAGGUUGUUGAAGUUUCUACUGCUGUGGAAGCAUUUCCAUCUGAUGGUGAAAUCAAGGGAAACAUGGCAAGGUCAAUCAGUCAAAAUGGAGCUCUGCCUUUGUCCAUUUUUGGUGAUGAAGAAGAGGAUUCCAAUGAUCCUGUGAGUUAUCAAGACAUUUCAUCUGAGCUGCCUGAUUCCAAGCCAAUAGAUGGCAUUAAAAGUCCUCAUUCAAACUUUGCUAUCAAUGAUCUUAUAUCAAGUUUGUACAGUCAAGCUGAGCAGAAUACUGCCAUUAUUAAUGGCCAAAACCCCAGUGGAAAUGGAUUGAGCCUCAUCAAUGCUACAAUGGAGUCUAAUUUAGCAGGUGACAAUGAUGAUUUUGAUGAUGAUUCCUGGGAAUUUAAAGUUGCCUCUUCAGGGACCAGAGCUGAAGACCAGGCCUCUUUUAUUGGUCUUGGAGAGGCUAAUACUGACUGUUCCUCCAAAACAGAGCUAAAUGAUUAUGUCGAUUUCUUUUGUAAAUUGAAGGAAGAAUUGCACUGUCUUGCCCUGUGUCAUCUUGAUAAUCUAAAGAAAGCUCAAAGUGCUGCUAGUGAAGAUGCUGAAGUAAAAGCCCUUGAAAAGGAAAUACAGAAUCUUCAUGAUGAACUGUGCCGAGAUGGUUUGUUUUCUGGUGAAGUUGACUCAGGGAAUCACUCCCCAAAAAAAUUGUGCCUGAAUGAAUUUGUUGAAGUUUUGCAAGAACCAAAGUACCAAGGGUUUGAAUCAGAAUAUCAGUUAUCAAGUAAAUUGUCAUUGGUGGAGAAUGAUUUGAGAUUGACAAUGGAAUUCCUCAAACAUGUGGCAUCAACAAUAAAGAUUUUGACAUUGGUAUCAAGAGAGGAGCAAUCUUGUUAUAUUUCCACUUGGUCUGAAAUCCUGUCUGUUUGUGCUAGAGAGCUGAAACAUGGCGCCAUAAUUUGGACGCAGUCAUUACAAAAAGAUGUCCAUGAUCAAAUAUUAUCUAAGCCUCAAGGCAAGAACUAUAUCGUUGCCCUUGGAGAAAUUUACAGAGUUAUUGAAGUUAUUGGGUCUUCAGCCAGACUUUAUAAGCCAUGGGUUUUAGUUAGUUCUACAGAUCCCAUGGGCUUGUUCACUCUUCUAAGUGAGUGUUCCACCCUAUGGUCAGGUUCUGGACUUGAAGAAGCUCUGCAGAGCAUUUCUGAUCCUUCUGGUGCUGAUUGUAAUCGAGAUCUCACUACAUUAAUAGAGUCUAUUAAGAAUAUUCACAAUCUUGAUACUCUGACGCUAUAUAACCAUGUUUUUUGUGGACAAGGCCCUAUCUGUCGACUGUCAGUCUUAGCUGCAGGAGCAGUGCCAGGGAUGAAGAUGGUGGUUUGGAAUGGGGAGCACUACUUUCUCCCACUUGCUAAUUUGUGGGCAAAUUUAGUAAGCUGCAACCCUCCAAAUUUUCCACACAUACAUGUUGGAUGAUGAUGAGGAUGGAAGGAUAAGUUGGAAAUGUUCAGUGGCAGCUGUUUGGCUGAGACUGUAAUCGACUCCAAUUGUUUCAUGCAUGACGAGGUUUCUAGGGCGUAAGCCACAGCUGCGCUGUCACAAGGAUGCUGCUCGGGGAAGGAUUGAAGAUCUAAAUGGUGUCUCCUUUAAACUCAAUCUGAUAGUCAGGUACCAAACCAACGUUUUAAAACUUUAUUGGUUGCCAGUCAUUACAUCAAGGCUCUAGCUUAGCAAUUGGGGCCUAGAGUUGUUUUGUUGUGUUAUUUAGUUGUGAAAUGGGUGAAUCAUACAACAUCCACAUACCUAGAAGUAGGAUUUUGGCAUGUAUAUGUAUACAGGUAUUUUGAUUCUCUAGAUCCGCCUCCUAUUCUGCCUUUUUCAUGUUGUAUUACAAGUUCAGUUAUAGUCCUUGUUGUCAUGUUAUAUAUUCUUUCAUGUUUCCCCAUACUUUUUUUAGCCAAUUAAUAAAGUGUAUUCAUUUUAUUGUACCAAA